UUCUGCUGCAAAUAAGGCCUCGCACAGUCGCAGCAGAGACGCAAAUCAGGAGCUCUAAGCUUUUGCUAGAAUGGAGAGGCUGCUGGAGCAGGGGCUGGACCUUGAGCUCAGCCUCCUCCCCGCCGACUCGGACCCCGAGCCGCCCGGCUUCUUCCUCUGCACCUACUGCGACCGCAAGUUCUACACCUCGCAGGCGCUCGGCGGCCACCAGAACGCCCACAAGCACGAGCGCACCCUCGCCAAGCGCCGCCGGGAGAUCGCCGCCGCCAUGCGCGCGCACGGCGCGUCCGCGGUGGGCGCCUGGGUCGACGCCGCCUUCAGGGGUGGCGCCGGUGGCGCGGGGCGCGUCAGCGUCGCCGCAGGUGACGAGCGAGACAGAGCGAGGCCGCUGCAGGAGGCCGUUCUGGCGCCGGGGAAAUCGUCUCGCCUGCUGCGGGACAAGAAGAGCUCGUCGGAGUACGGCGUGGAGCGCGCCGACGAGCUGGACUUGUCUCUCAGGCUGUGAUCGCGACGGACCUCUCCCGCGGCACACCGGCACACUCUCUAGAGCUCUUGCACAGAUUCAUCGUCAUCAGUGUCUCUGUUGCAUUCAGGAUGAUGAGUUUCUCCUUGCAUACAUGCAUAUACCGGAGUUUGUAUAAUAGGAUUUCUUGGCAACAGGCAAAGAUAAUUUUGUCGACUCAUCAUCCUUGGAGAGAUUUGGUGUGCUCGCUCUACAGUUGUUAUCUCCUAGUUCGCAAUGCAAUUAAGUUAGCUACUGAAUUUUCAGCGCGUAUUUGGUUGAAAUUAAUUUUACGGGGCUGGGCUUAUUCAA